AUGUUGCAACAUGGCACACACUUCAAUUAUAAGAUACACACUCGUGCGUGUGAUUUGAUGGCCAAUUUAGAAGAGAAUAAAAACGUAGUUAACGCCCAAAUACUGACCACUUGUUUCUCUUCGGUCGAUCAAGAUCUGUUCGGAUUGGUUGGACUUGACAGAGCUCUACAAGAAGAUUUGUCUGUCCUUUCAGCCCUACUCCAGCCCCACAGCUCUCGUAUUCUCCAACAUGCACUAUCUAUUCUGAUUUCCGCUAGCCUGUCGCAGCAUGGUCAUGAGAUGUCUUGGCCAGAAAAUAUUACUUCAGCAGACCAACAAUAUUCUGAAAAUAUUUUCGAAAUCCCGUCGAUACCGCCGACGCCACCAUCAUCUCAAAUGAAUGUUCAGAAUCCUUGUUUCCCUGGAAAUCGAGAUCAUUCAUUGAGUCACGGAUAUCUGUGGAAUAAUUUCUCAAACCCUUGCAAUAUUUCAACGUCAGUUAGCACACUAAGUGAACUUAGUCUGUCACCGUUCCACACCACAAACUUUCAGCAUUCAAAUACGAAUCGAAAUUAUCGAAUAUACAGAAGAUGGGAACAAUAUUCACAUCAAAACACCACUAUCGACGAGGAGGAUGUAACUGACGAGUCGAUGGAAAAAAUAAAUAUAAAUUCCACAGAACAAUCUUUAGAUUUUAUUUGUGAAAAGACUCAAGAUCGUCAAAUUUCCACAACCACAACGGUAUUUCGUGCCUGGGAAGUUCCGUCGUAUCAAAACGUCGAUCAAAAUGUAGAAAGUGAUGUGAAAUAUCGUUCGAGGCAAGAUUCACGAUGCACAAUCGAUUUAAGCGGCGAUUCCUUCGACAAAGAAGCCGUAGAACAAAAUGAGUCAAAUAAAAGAUUAACUAGCGAUAAACCUCGUAAGGAAAGAACUGCAUUUACAAAACAUCAAAUUCGACAUCUUGAAUAUGAAUUUGCGCAUAGUAAUUAUCUUACACGUUUACGUCGCUAUGAAAUAGCAGUUGCGCUGGAUCUAACAGAACGUCAGGUAAAAUAUUAUAACAAUAAACAUUUAUUUAAUUCAUUUCGAUAUUUUAUCUAUUCAAGUAUAAUAUUUAACUUGUUUAAAAAAUUGAAAUAUUACUUACUGCUGGCAAUUUAUACUAAUAAAUUAAAAAAUAUAAAUAAUUUACAAACUGGUGUAAUAUAAAUUUAUGUACAAAUUUAUAUAAAAUUCAAUACAUAUUAAUUCAUACAUCAAGUGAACUAAGUUUUAGAUUUUUCAAUUAAUUGGUUAUAAAAAAUGUUAAAAUAGUUGAUCAAAAUUGUGAAUAUGAGUUUUAAAACAAGCACAAAGGCUAUUUGAAAAUACUUUUUUUCAAAAGUUCUCACUCUCAUUAAAACUCUCUAACACUCACAAAUUAAAUAUGUCGAUGGUAUACCUCUUUAUUGUUUAGAAUUUAAACAAUAAUUCAUCAUUUAUGUUUCAUGUUAAAUACAGAAAAUAUAAAUUAUAUUUUAUUUUAUUCUUAUUUUAGAGUGUUAGAAAAAAAAUAUGUAUUAUCUAUCUGAAUUUAAUAAAACAGAUUUAAUUUUUAAGGUAAAGGUAUGGUUUCAAAAUAGACGAAUGAAAUGGAAAAGGACAAAAGCAGGUUUAGGAAAUGGACCAGAAAAACUUAACAUUUCUUAAUAAGUAUUUCUUCACUUUUUUCAAGCAUUUUAUACAAUGGUUAAUUGUAAAUAGUAAAUUAUGUGAAAUUAUAUAAUCAAAGAAAUGUGUUCAAUAUCUCCAUAAUACUUAAUUGUACAUCUGUAUUAUUGUGUUUAAUAAAAGAUUAUUAAUAUUAUCUAGAAUCAUCUACUG